AUGCUUCCCCGCGGUCUCAAAUCCGUCAUACUCGUCGUCGUUUUGCUGCUCAUCGCUCUCGGUGUCUAUCUCAGUCCCUUGCAAGUUCACGUCCCCUACGAUCUCCUCCCUUCCAUCGCCAUGGGUCCCAUCACGCACCUCGUUCUGUUCCAGUUCAAGGAGGAUGCAUCCUCUUCAGCCAUCAGAGACGCCACUGCGAGGAUGCUGCAGCUGAAGGACAACUGCGUCCACCCCACCAGCGGCACUCCCUACAUCGUGUCCGCCAAGGGAGGCAAGGAUAACUCGCCUGAAGGUCUCCAAGGCGGCAUCACCCACGCCUUUGUCGUUGAGUUUUCCAGCGCGUCUGAUCGUGACUACUACGUCAAGGAGGAUCCUGUGCACAAGGCUUUUGUCAAGAGCAUUGAAGGGCUCGUCACCAAGGCCGUUGUUGUCGACUUUGCCGACGGCGUCUACUGA